CCUGUACACUGUGGUUACAACUACGUCACAACUUGUCACUAACCUUUUUAUCAUAUGAUAUGUAAUCAGCAAAAUUUUGCGAAAAAUUGAUUAUUAUUUAGAAUGCCAAGCAAAAAUAUAAGCGAAUUAUACCUACUGAAGAGAUACCCGCAGAAUACAGUUGGUUUAUUUACCUUUAUCUUAUAUCUUCCCUUUGGCAUUCUCCUGCUGUUACUAAGAGGAAUACUUGGUAUUCAAGUGUUCGUCUUCGGCUUCCUACUACCAGAUGUACCUGUCAUUCAAAAAUUACUAUGCAAACUAUUUUGCGCGACGUUGGGAAUUGUUAUACAUAGCGAAAAUCCGGCUGAAAGGAAAAACGUAGCGGUGUAUGUUACGAAUUUCGUGUCGCCCUUCGACCAUCUGGUGAUACAUUCUCAAACUGGCUCAGUUAUGUCAGGUAAAGAUGUGUUCAAUACUCUCCUCUCGACCUCGUUCGGUUUACGUCAUUUCGGCUCGCAGUCCGUCGAGUUUCCCAUUUUUAAGAAAAACAUAGCGAAAACGAUAGAGAGCGGCACGCCGGUCCACUUUCAACCCGAACUGAAACAGACUAAUGGUAAAGCUGUGCUGAAAUUUACCACGUGGCCGUUCCAACUUUGCAAACGAAUCCAGCCCGUCUGUAUUGAAGUGAGCCGACCGUUUUUAGAUAUUAAGAUUUCCACGUUUGAUAGUGUGUAUUGGACCGAUACGUUGAUGUAUUUAUUUUCACCGUAUACAAGUUAUAAGCUACGGUUUUUACCUGUAGUCGAUCAAAUGGAUUUCAGUGAAACGAAAUUUGCGGAUAAGGUUCGUGAGGAUAUCGCACAUGCGUUACAGGUUGAAUUAUCAGAAUAUUCUGCAACCGAUUUAAUGCACUGGGAAAAAAGACUUAUGGAAGACGUAGUUCGUAGAGAAAUGGAAGCAAGACAACGACCGACCUCAAGCUCACUUUCAAGCGGACAUCCGACCAUUCACUUAAUGGUCGCCCAAGUUCGGGAGGUGCUGCCCAUGGUUCCGUACAACGUAAUCUAUACUGAUUUAUUGAAAACGCGAAACGUGGAUCAGACGAUUUCGAACAUUUUCGAGGGGAACGUGGAGUACACGCCCGAACCGGCACAGCCGAGCACGAGUCAAGAGCAACGACAUCAUCAGACUGAACAGAGUAGAACACCGGCGGCGCCGUCUUUCGGAAAGAGUCCGCAGGAGCGUAUGGUGCCAUUCCAAGAACGAAAAAGGCAACUUCUCGAGACUGCUAGGAAACGAUAUAUACAGAAGCACAACAUUACAAAUUGCGAGAUACAGAAAUAGUUUUUAAUUCUCUACUUCAUUAGUUACAUUCUAAGAUUCAAUUUUGCUUUUUAAUUUUUGUUAAUGUACUUAGUAUAAUUAUUCUAGAAGGGAAGUAUAUAAUUCUUUUGUUCAUGACGGUGCCUAAUUUGUAAAUUUUGCAAAUAAAAUUUUCCUUCUCAAUCUUAA